AAAUGUUAUCUCGUUGCUGCUCGUCGCCGCCGGGACACUGACGAGCAGCAGUCUACAGAAACAGACUAACUACACCUCAGCAUGACUGUGUUGUAGGUUAGUUGCUCCCGGAAGACUCUGGUGUCCGUCAGAGUGGACAAGACCCUGGUGAUAGUAUGAAUGUCUUGUGGAUAUAGCGUGUACUACUUUCAGGUUUCAAUGGCGCCGCCGAGAAAGAGCGUGCUCCCGAAACCGCUCCCCGAUGGGUUCGUGCUGACGGAGACUGGGAAACAAAGGAAGUGGAGGCUGGGGAAGAUCCUUGCUCAGGGCGGCUUUGGACUGAUCUAUCUCGGUACUGCAGUGAGCACAUCCUCCCAGGAUGUGGACAGACCCGUUGCAGCAGACACUGACUUUGUCAUAAAACUGGAGUACGAGGAGAAUGGUCCCCUGUUCUCCGAGCUCAAGUUCUACCAAAGGGCGGCCAAACCAGAGAGCAGGGAAAAAUGGAUGCGGAGCAGGAAACUGGACUUCCUGGGAAUCCCGAUCUACUGGGGAUCAGGAUGCGCUGAGUAUAAUAAUCUCAGGUAUCGUUUCAUGGCCAUGGACCGACUGGGCACUGACCUCCAGAAGAUCUGCGAUCGCAAUGCAGGUCGACUAAAGAAGACCACCGUUCUCCAGCUCGGUCAAGGACUGGUGGAUGUUCUAGAGUAUAUCCAUGAGAACGAGUAUGUCCACGCCGACAUCAAAGCUGCCAACCUCAUGCAGGGUUACACAGACCCUGAAAAGAUCUACCUGGCAGACUAUGGGCUGUCCUACAGAUACUGCCCCGAUGGUGUCCACAAAGAAUACAAGGAAAACCCCAGGAAGGGCAACAACGGAACCAUCGAGUACACCAGCCUUGAUGCCCACAAAGGAAUAACCCCUUCUAGACGUGGUGACCUUCAGAUUCUGGGUUUUUGUCUUCUCCACUGGUUGUGUGGGUCCCUGCCUUGGGACAGUGUUCUCAAGGACCCAGCUGAGGUCCAGGUGGCGAAGACCAGACUGAUGGAUAAUCUUCCAGAUUCAGUCCGGCAGCUGUCAGUGAGCAGAGCCAGCACAGAGGAGGUGGCUGCCUUCCUGCUUUAUGUGAAAUCUCUGGAGUACAAGGAUAAACCAGACUACCAGCAUCUCAAAGACCUGCUGGCCAGUGUUGUCAGGGGAAAACUUGACUUCUCCAUGCCUGGCGGACCUGCAACGGUGCCAUCCACAAAGGUAGCAGAUCCUGGCACCAAGGAAAAGCAGAAAGCCGGACGAGCCAGAGGACCCUCCAAAGCCAAGUCUCUGGCUCCAGUGAAGGAUGAAGAAGAACAGAAGGGUGUGAAGUCUAAACCAGUGCCGGCUCACAACAGGAGAGGACCAGUCGUCUCUAAAAGUCAGUCACAGAAGGAAGAGGUUUUGCCAGCGGUCAGAAGAUCACUGAGGCCAAGGCCUGAACCUACACGCACUUAUGAAGAUGAGAGUGAAGAGGAGGAGGAUGAGGAUAAAGGUCGACCCAGACCCAUCGCUGCAUGCUAUCUCAGAGGCCCCCCAAUAGGCCCCAGAACUCAGUCUAAACAGAAAGCCGAAAACAAAAGGACUUCCAGGAAACGGGACGUCCCGACUGAGGAGCGAGGUGUCGGCCUGCAAGGGAGACAACACGUACGCCCGAGCUGUGACAGUAAGAGCCAAACACACUGGGACAGCAGGGGAAGGUGGGAUGAGCGGCUGCACAGCCACAGAGAAGCCUGCAGCCAGGAGCAGUGGUGGGACAGUACCACGUACGGCUCUGGUGACUGGGGAAGGUCGGCUCUCACGGGUGCAGGAGGGGCAGCAAGUCCCACACAGAGGAAAGGACUGCUGCACUGGUUCGUCUUUGUCGGCGUCUCCCUUUUCUUGGGUGGUUGGUUCCUCGGAGUUUGCCAAAGGGAAUUUAAACCCUUUUCAUGAAGACGACUAAGAGUUUGACCGGUUUUGCUACCGUCUUCUCCUCAAAGUGGAGACGGAGCUGAGAGGAAGUCAAUGCCUCUUUUCAGGACGUCUGGGCCGACAUCUUCACAGUAAUGGGCUGCAAUGGAAGGAAAAGCCUCAGUUUUACAACUGACGUAGUCUUUAUAGAUACAUGAAAGAUGUGGUCUCUAAUCUGAUUGGACUGUAGAUGGAAAAACAGCAAACCACUCAAAAUCAUCCGCACAAAUAAAAACUUAUCGUUGA